AUGGAGAGAGUUCAUAAAUCCUUUCUUCUAAGUCUAGCAAUCUUUCUGAUCGUGUUCCAGAGUAUAACAACUACAACACAAAGUGCGAGGGAACUUCUGGAAAAGAAUGAGGCGCAUGAUGAGCACAACAGGGUAGUUGUUAAAGACCAAGAAGAGAGCGUUGUGAUCACAGGAGGACAUGACGAUGGAAAAGAUGGAGGAAAGGCACGCGGAUAUGGUAGCAGUUCAGGAGGUGGAGGUGGAGGUGGAGGAGGUGGCGGCGGCGGUAGUAGUGGUGGUGGUGGUGGCGGCGGCGGUGGAGGUGGUGGUGACAAUGGAGGUGGCGGUGGUGGAGGUGGUGGUGGUUCCAGAGGUGUAGGAGAUAAUGGACAUGGAAAAGAUCAUGGUGAUGACGGUCAUGGAGGUGGAGGGGAUGGUGGGAGUGGAAAAGAUCACGGUAGAGAUGGUGGAGGAUAUGAUGGCGAUCAUGGAAGUGAAGGAGGUGAUGGACAUGGAAAAGGUGGUGGACAUGACGAAGGGGACGGUGGACAUGGAAAAGAUCACGGUGGAGAUGGUGGAGGAUACGAUGGCGGUCAUGGAAGCGAAGGAGGGGAUGGGCAUGGAAAAGGUGGUGGAGAUGAUGGACGGGACAGUGGACAUGGAAAAGAUCACGGUGGAGAUGGUGGAGGAUAUGAUGGCGGUCAUGGAAGCGAAGGAGGGGAUGGGCAUGGAAAAGGUGGCGGAUAUGAUGGAGGGGACAGUGGACAUGGAAAAGAUCACGGUGGAGAUGGUGGAGGAUACGAUGGUGGUCAUGGAAGUGGAGGAGACGGUGGGCAAGGCAAAGAUCAUGGUGGUGACGGUGGAGGAUACGAUGGCGGUCAUGGAAGUGGAGGAGACGGUGGGCAAGGCAAAGAUCAUGGUGGUGACAGUGGAGGAUACGAUGGCGGUCAUGGAGGUGGAGGGGACAGUGGGCAUGGAAAAGAUCAUGAUGGAGGAGAUGGGGGCAGAUACGAUGGCGGCCAUGAGGAUGGAGGAGGAUAUGAUGGUGGUCAUGGAGAUGGAGGGGACAGUGGACAUGGAAAAGAUGGUGGUGGAGGAUACGGUGGAGAUGGAGGAGGUUAUUAUGGUAAACCAUACCCAUAUCCGUACAACGGCGGUUAUUGGCCUGGCGGUGGGUAUUGGCCAGGGAUUGGUGGCUCUCCGUUUAACUAUGGUUGGGGUUGGUGGAGGCGUGGACCUUGGUGGAACAACAGGAACGGUGGCUACGGUUUCAAGCAAGAGAAACCAGGCAAGUAG